AUGAUAAGAGAUACUCCAUCAUAUUCAUUAGAUAGUGGUGUUUAAAUCAAAUUUUUGUAGAAACAAAUUUGUAAACCCAUGUUUUAUAUCAAAUCACUCGUUAAAAAAAGAAAAACAAGACCUAAAAGUUAAGAGGCUAUUGAUUCUGAUUAAUAAAAUAUUACUCUUGUUCAUGGUCCUUCUAGAAGAAAAAGCUGUUAUUGUAAUGAAUGUGGAAAUAUGGGAAAGAAAUAAUUGUAAUUCAUGGAUCUAAAAUUAUCUAAAUAACCUUAAAUAAUUAAUAAAAGAGCAUAAUGUAAUAUUGAUAGAAGAUGUACACUUAAUAUUUAGAGUAUAAGUACAAAUAAAUUAAGUAUUUAAAGAUCGCAGCGUAUUUUAUCGUAGGAACACUUAAAAAAAUUCAGAAAAGGUUGAAAAUUUAAAAUCUCCUACUUAUGAUUUAGGUGAUUCAAAGAGUCCAGGAUGGUUCAUUAGAUAAAUGGUAAUGAGAAAAUCAAUAAUAAAUGUUCAAAAAUUAAUGGAGAAUUCACAUUCAAAAAAUUCUUAUUAAUAAUAAUCUAAUAAAAAGAAUAUGGGUGAGGAUUCAUUUAAUCCAAAAAGUCAAUAAACCAUACAUGUACCAACUAGUAUACGUACUUUAUAUCAAAAGUGUUAAAUAGAUAGUCCUGGUGUUAGAAUAAAGACAGUAGUAGGAUUUGAUUGUGAAAACAAUCUAACAUCACCUAAAAAUAUACCUAAAUUAUCUCCUUAUCUUAGUUUCAGAUAAAUUAAUUUCAAUUUAUUAGUACCUUUAAAAUUGAAAAGUAAUUCUUCAACAAGGAAAACAAAUAAAAAAAUAUUUUUCAAUUCUAAAGUCUAAAAUUGA